UUACGUUACUUAAUUACUAGUUUUGUUAUCAUUUUUGCAGUCUGUCCCAAUGAGGUAAUGGGCCAUGCGGUACGCGCACGACCAGCCCUCCCAACCAAUUAAAUCAGCAAUUUUCAUCACUGUCAAAUUACUGCAAUUGAUAAAGACAUCAUAUAAUUAAGGAUAAUGAGUGAUUUAUCACUGACGACAUUGUUGGCUGAAUCGAUUGUCCAAAGAUCACAAACAGCGCCAAUUUAUUUAUCGUCUGUAGAAAUCAAUGGAGGAGAAUCAUUUCUGGUAAAUUUCUUUAAGAAGUUAUUAAGUCCAUUAGUUGAUCGUAGUGAUUAUACACUUGGACAACUUGUAGAACAAAUUUAUGAAUCAGAACAAAAAUUAUUAAAGACCAAUGUAUUUAAAGAUAUAAAUGUUAGUCUUCAUUCAAAUUAUAGUGCCCUUGUACCUGAUAAUAUUAUUAAUUAUAAUAAGGAAAUGGCAAUUUCUACUAAAUUAAUUAUUGAUUUAAAAGCUAUAAAUUUAAAUAUUAAUGAAGGAUUUAUUAAUUAUAAUACUCAAGAUAAUCUUAAUGUUAAUUUAGAUUAUUUAAAUAAUAAUUUUAAUAAUAAUGCCGAAUUAGUUAAUAUAGGAGUUAAUUAUAAUCCUUAUAAACCUAAUGAUCAUUUAUUUACAAAAUUUACUGGUUUAGCAAGUUUAAAUAACCCAUCAUAUAAAUUUUUACUCAGUAUAUUGCAUAGUCAAGAAAAUAAUCAAACUUGGCAACAAUCAUCUCAUGGAGUCAGUGGAGGACUUAUUGGUUUACAAUAUUCUCCAAAUACUCAAUUCCAAUCUUUAACAGGUUUAACUUUAUCAAGAAGAACUCUUCAUAAUAUUGAAGAUGCAGCAGCUGAUGAAUUGAAAUUCUUUGCUGGAGAUUAUUUCAAAUCAUCUAUUUUACAAAAGAUAGAUUAUAAUAAUGUAUCAUACUUAAAUUCAAUUACUAAAAAUUUCCCUAUUAAUGGUACUGAACAAAAAGUUGAAAUUGAAUUAGCAUCUAAUCAAGAGCAACAAAAUCCUAAUAAUAUUGCUAGUUUUUUUAAAACAUCAUAUACUUCUAACUAUUAUCAGACAUUUUUUAAUGAGUAUAUCACUACUAAAUUAAAUUUUGAUGUGGGUAGUAUUUUCCCCUUAGCCAAUAAUACUCCAGUACAUAUUUCCGAUAGAUUCUAUUUAGGAGGUAUUGAUUCAUUUCCUGGAUUCAUUAAGAAUGGAAUUAAUACUAAUGGAGGUUUACAAUAUUAUAAAUUACAAGGUACCCUCUUUUCUAAAGUUCCAUCAUUUAUACAUAAAUCAAGUGAUUCUUCUAGUUUAGGAGGGUCAGAUCCAAAUCCAAUCAGAUUUUAUUUAACAUCAUCUUUCGCUAAUAUAUCUGACAAUAUAUUUGAAGAUGAUACUGGAGCUUCAAAUAUUGGAUUUGGAUUAAGGUACUUUAAUCAUUGGGCUAAAUUAGAUAUUGGCUACUUUAUUGCCAAACGAUUAGGCGCAGAUCCUGGUAGUGAACUGAUUGGAAUUAAGGAUGGUUUUCAAUUCUCUGUAUCCUUAGGUGGUUCUAAUAGAUCUCUCUAAUAAAUCUGUGUUUAGAUAAGUAUUAGCAUUAUUUAAAAAUAUAAGUAUUAGCAUUUAUAUUAUAUAUAUAUAUAUAUAUGUGUAUAUGUAUAUUUAUUUAUUUAUUUAUGUGUAUUCAUACGUUUCAUUAU